AUGUCAAGUUCUGACAGUACCGCAAAAAAGCCCACCACCAGAUCAAAUUCGGAUACUCAAUCACGGCUUGACAACAUUGCCAACACUCUAGCAGAUGCUGGAAACACAAGUGGUGAGUUGAGAGCCAACUUUGCCUCCACCGAUGAAUCAUCCAAAAGCAAGUCACAUUCUGAAGACAAGAAACUACAAUCCUCGCCAUUGUUGUCAUCCACUCCACCAGUUGUGUCGAAAGCUCUUGUCAGAGCAUACCCGUAUUUAUUAAUUAUAAAUAAAUUACUAGCAAUUGCCACUUGGACUAAUGAGGAUUACUGGGUAAAUAUUGUUCUCGUGAGUUUAUAUGCUUUUGCAGUGUUGUAUUUUGAAAACUUGGUGACAUGGUUUGGUCACUUGAUAAUUGUGGGUGUAAUUACGUUGUUUGCAUUGUUGAAUGAAAAGAUUAUUGAGGAAACAAAAGUGAGUCCCACAUUGGAUGAUGUGGUUCAUGCAUUGACUGCAACUUGUAUCAAGGCAGAUAUGUUGAUAUUUCCCAUCACUUCGUUAUCAUUGACUGCUUAUGAUAUCAAGAGACUUUUGUUUACAACAUUGUUCCUUACUCCUAUUUACUUGAUAAUCACAUUCUUAUUGAUCAAGCCUCGUAUCGUAUUGUUGUUUACGGGGUUAUUUUUGCUUACUUACCACUCAUCCUAUUCUGUCGUGAUUAGGAGAAUAGUCUGGAAGAUCAAAGCUGCUAGAGUCAUUUCCUUUUAUUUGACAGGAUUGGAUUUAUCACAGUCGAGGAAGAACUCGUUAUUUGCAGCUGCAUUUGCCAAGGUACAAAAGAACGAGAAUGUCGAUAACCCAUCAAACAAACCUGUUCGAUUUACCUACGUCAUUUAUGAGAACCAAAGAAGAUGGCUUGGAAUUGGUUGGACGUCAAACUUGUUAUCUUAUGAAAGAACGCCUUGGACUGAUGAGUUUUUGAACGAAAGCAGCUCAAUCGAUACGUUCAAACUUCCAAAUGCUGCAACUGAUGAUACAAACUUGUCGAGCGACCCCAAUUUACAAGGAGCAACUUGGAGGUGGGUAGACAAGACUUGGAGAUUGGAUUUGACUAAUGAUGGGGCCAUAACUUUGCCAAGUUCCAAGCGAUCAAAGACAACAGCCAAUCCUUCAACGGAUGAGGGGUACAUUUACUACGAUAAUGUAUGGAAGAAGCCAUCUACCGAAGACACAUUUUCCAAAUAUACAAGAAGAAGGAGAUGGAUAAGAACUGCGGAGUUGAUCUACAGCAACAAUACCAACACCAAUACUAACACCAAAGCAUCCACAAUUGAGGAGAAUUUGGAAACCAUAACUGAUUCGGUCAAGUCCACUGGGGUAGAUACACAAGCUACAAGUCCUUCGAGAACUAAGAAUUUGAGAUUUGCUGAGGAACCAGAGUCAAAAGAAACCAAUGCAAGUGAAGCAGUAGAAGUUACUGAUAAGAAGAGUAUAUAG